AUGAGUGAAAGUGAGGUAAGUAUUCAUUGGUAAAAAUUGUUUGUUUGCGUGCGUGCGUGCGUGCGUGCGUGCGUGCGUGCUUGCGUGCUUGCGUGCUUGCGUGCUUGCUUGCUUGCUUGCUUGCUUGCUUGCUUGCUUGCUUGCUUGCUUGCUUGCUUGCUUGCUUGCUUGCUUGCUUGCUUGCUUGCUUGUUUGUUUGUUUGUUUGUUUGUUUGUUUGUUUGUUUGUUUGUUUGUUUGUUUGUUUGUUUGUUUGUUUGUUUGUUUGUUUCAUUAGCUAGAUAAUUAUGCUAUAGUUAUUGAAUUUUAAGAAACUGGCGUUUGUUUGUUUAUUAUUUUUAUUCGAUUUAUAAGCUCGUGCAAAUUCAAAGUCACUUACAUGCCUGAACACAUGCAAAAUAAUAGAAAUAGCCUCUCAAUCGGAAUGGCACAACAAUGACACAAUAAAAUUGUCUUUUAUUUAGGCGCUUGCCACGUAUUUCCUUUUUGGCAACUGAAUUUACUUUUUUGUCACUGAAUUUUGAUCAAAUUGCGCUGCAUGCUCUUACGGUCUUAUUGGUCUUACCUAAUCAGGAUGAGAUAUUAUUAAGAGGAGAUUUUUUUUAUGUUACGUAACACGCUCUCAACCUAAUGCGUAUAAUAUGCCACUUGAGGUUAUGACUAAAUCAAAAAUGUUUAUUUUUCGAUACGUUUCUCAAUCGGCAAACAAACUUAGAAAGUAUGUUUGGUGCUUUAUCUGUAAAAUAAUGCUAAAAUGAAGAGAUUUUAGAUGAUACGCCAAAGAGAAAACGAUGUCUGAAGUUCAGUAAGUUUUGCUUAUAUGGCUGUAAAUAUGACGUCAAUUUUAAAGCAUUAUUGAUAAUUGUAUUUUAAUUGACAAUUUUUAAAUAUUAUUUUAUGUUUCUCAACCGGCAGAUACACUUAAAAAGGUUGCUAACUCUAUAAACUAGAGAAUAAAGCUAAAACAAAGUAAUUUUGAGAGGAACGCCAAAAAGAGUUUAGGUUUUGAACACUUUCCAUCGCAAAUACGUGACAUUGAAAAAAAUUGCCUCUUAAGGCAUAAUCAAACGAGAAUGAGAGUGACUGAGAUCUGGCAGUCACGCGACCUUGGUUAGCAGUUCUUAAAUGCUUUUCCAACACUAUAACACUCAUCAAACCUUAUUUUGUUAAUGUAGAGCUUACGAUCUCUCAUGUAACAAUGCGUGACUGCGAACUUUUAUAAACUCUCAUCGUCGCUUUAGACCUGUAGCCGCGGCAGCAAUUGGGAAAAAUGCAGUUAUGUGAGUGUAUAGGUUCUCUAGCAGGAAUCGAAGCAUCGACCAUGUAUUUUCGGUGCAGCCUUCCACCAGUUUAAUAUACUUGAAGAGUUUUGUAGCUGGAAAUUUCAAGUGUAAAUGUUAUGCUUUUAUUAGACCUAUAACUAUAGUUGGAAAAAAUGCAACUGUAGGCCCGUAACAGGAAUCGAACCUGCCUCCCUGUCAGAGUUAAUUUCAAUAUAAUUCUGAAAACUUGGUCUGACAUUCUGUCAGACCAAUCCAUGGUUUGGUCAAUCAUGAUCGGACACUUGAUUAUUCUCUUGAUGAGGGAAAUUGUCACUUGUCACAGUACUAUAAAUCAAAACCGUAACCGCCAAAAGUCCAAAACCAUAUGUUCAUAUGCCUAAUGGUUAAUUGAAUUACACAAUAUCAACGUAAACUUACUCAGUAGCAGUAUAUAAUAUAAAAUAUUUCUCUUAACAAACGAGAUGACAUUGUUAUUGUAUGGAUCGCGACGAAGUCUGAUUCCGUGAUUGUCUAGCUGACGGAAUCUUUGUUUUCAUGUGUUAAAGAUUACAGAUUUUGAUAAAAAAGAUUUGCAACAAUAAAGGAAGAAAUAUUCAAAUUAAUGAGACAAAACGAUCGGCCAUAAUGUCCGUGCAGAGUAAUCAGUAGACGGCCAUAUGAGCAUUUUGCUAGGCUAAUGGCAGGUGGCCGACCGUUAUAUUGAUUCCUGCUCCCUGUGACUCCCUGUCAUUUGGGCAUCUCACUCGAUAGAACGAAUUGUUAAGGAGGCUCCCUACAGUUUCCAAUAUAUAUCAGUGUUUUAAACUAAAAGCUAAAAAAACUAAUUUUCCCCACAAACCAUUGUUUCCUCUUAUGUAAAAAAGUAAUUUUAACCCACAAUCGCUACUCUUCAUGUUAGCAUGACAACAUGACGUCACCAUCUAGGCCAUCCAUGACGUCUCCAUCAUGGCCUAAAUCAACCAAAAACGCCGUCUUAGCGGACAAAUAACCACGGUGACCUACCUGUUUUAUUGGAGAAAAUACAUUGUUAUGAAGUUUUGAAUCUUUUUUGAAAGUUAUUUGAAAAUCGCCAGUGUAGUUUUCGAGAUACUGAAUUUUAGCCUUUCCAAAGGCUAAAAUGCAAUCUUAAAGGCUGAAAUUCAGUAUCUCGAAAACUACACUGGCGAUUUUCAAAUAACUUUCAAAAAAGAUUCAAAACUUCAUAACAAUGUAUUUUCUGCAGUUAAAAAGGUAGGUCACCGUGGUUAUUUUAUUUAGGACAUAUAGAUGGUGACGUCAUGUUGUCAUGGUAACGUGAAGAGUAGCGAUUGUGGAUUAUAAUCACUCUCUUAUGUAAGAACAUAGACAAUCCAGAAGACAUUGUCUUCUGGAUUGUCUAUGGUAAGAAGAAACAAUGGGUUGUGCAAAAAAUUAGAUUUUUGAUUCAAAUAGCUUUUAAUUUAGAACGCCGACAUAUAUUGGAAACUGUAGGGAGCCUCCUUAUUACAGGGUUUUGUAGAUGGAAAUUUCGAGUGUAUUUUUUAUACAUUUAUUAGACCUGAUCUGGACCAAAAAUCCUGAUUUCUAUGAUGUGAAAUUUUUGAGUAGCUUCGUGUACCAUUAUUAUAGUUAUUUGGAAGGAUUGAUCCUGCAACAAAUUCCUGGACGGAUGGCAUUCUCGUAAAAUGUGCUCGUAAUGCCCAAGCUGUAAAAAACGCAUCGGAAAGUUUAGCGUCAAAAAGCAAGCAUGAGCAGGUCCGUGAUUUAACAACAAGAAGUGGUUAUCAUCAGUGGAUUGUUUUAGAUGGACCACUGGAUCAUGGCUGUGUUGAUCAAAUGAAUUCACUGCUUGAUGACGGUCGAUCACUCAGCUUAGCUAGUGGAGAGAUUGUUCCUUUUUCAGGUGAGUAAAUUGUAAUUUCUAAUAACCAAGACCAACAACCAAAUGCAACAGAGUGAAUGCACUCUCUUCUCGCUCUACUAUCAACUGGCUGGUACCCAGUCCCUGAAAUGAGGAUUGAAAAAUAACCGUUCAUGGUGGGAAUGACCAAGGCUCAAAUAGUUCGAAAUCCUGCUCUGUAGAUCACAUAAUUUCCCACUCCGUGUGUCCGAUAAGCACUUCUAAGGUCAAUAGACAAUUCCCAUUAUAGACUAAUUUUAAAACUAGGCAAGGAGAUACAAAUAAAUCACCACAGCUAAAAAGAGCAUACUAAAAUUAGUAAAAUUGCAAAGUUUGGUUGUGAAAUGUUGUAUAAUGCGGAAAAUAUAGCCUUGCACAGUUUGCAAAUUUUGUAUAUACUUUUGUAUUGCGUGCGGAAAUUCCUACCACAUUUGGGGCCAAAUGUGGUAGGAAUGUGAUAGGAAUCUCCGCACGCAAUACAAAAGUAUACAAAAUUUGCAAACUUUGCAAGGCUAUAUUUUCUGCAUUUUACAACAUUUCGCAACCAAACUUUGCAAUUUUACUAAUUUUGGCAUGCUCUUUCUAGACGUGGUGAUUUAUUUGCAUCUCCUUGCCUAGUUUUAAAAUUAGUCUAUAAUGGGAAUUGUCUAUUACGACCUAAUGAAAACUAUAUUAACUUCACAAACAGAACUUAGUUAACUUAACAAAGUUUGACAUUAAAAAGUGUUAUAAAGAUGGUUGACAAGUCUGUACCAUAAUUAACGCGUGCAUGUGCGUUAAGCGCAAGAAGAACAAAAUACACGACAAAAACAGAAAUGCUGUGAUGUUUUCACACUUUGCUCUAACUCCAAGACGAAUUUAGCGUCUCUUUGUUUUACCAUAUCCGAGAGAUAUGAUUUCUUUCGUAUCUCGUCCUAUACUUAUUGACUUUAUCGCACUGGUGUGAACCAGUCUAAAAUUUUGUAAAGUCCGUAUCAAAGUGAAAUAUUAGAGAGAUUCAGAUUUGACUUCCACUACCGCUACCAUUAAUGGACUAUUAACCAAUCAGAUGCGUUUGAUAUGUCCGAUCAACCAAUCAAAUGUGUAUUAAGCCAGUGAGAGGUAGCGGUAUAGUGGAAGUCAGAUCUGCUCCUCUCUAAUAUCUGCAAGCAUUAUUUAUUAUACAGGGUGUAUAAAAAAACCUACAAACCCUUUGAAAUACAAUGUUUUUAGAAUUUGCAUGAUUCAGAACUAAUUGAUCCCAAGCGUGCGUAAACACAAUAGUUGACCCAUUCGCAGUCGAACUGAUAAUUAGUUUUUCUGCAUUACAAAUACAUUUGUGUUACUCUAAUGUCUAUCAACGCGGUUAAUUAGAAUGUAUUUUCAAAUCCCAGGAGCAAAAUAAGUAGCACAGACAUUGAAAUGCUCUUAAGCAGCAGAAUUAUGCAAAUUACAGAGCUUGCAGGUUUUUUGAUACACCCUGUAUUGUAUUAAAUCUGAUUAUUCGUCAAUUUUCUUCAGAAGCCAUAAAUUUCCUUCUCGAAGUGGAUGACCUUCAGAACGCUGCCCCGGCAACAGUCUCACGAUGUGGUAUUGUUUAUUGUCCUGAUGGUACAGUGGGCUGGAAGAGCAUGUUUAAAUCAUGGUUGAAAGGAGCACAUGCAACAUGGAAUAUAUCCAUUCGAGGGUAAGUGAUGAACCCUUUCACUACUCAACUCAUUGCAAUUGGUUCCAGUGGAAUCCCAUCCACUCCUUGUUUUUAGGGUUUGAAAAUAUUACACCCUUGUGCCAAUAGAGUAGUUUAUUUUGUGCAAAAUCCCAUGAUCACGGCAUAGAAAGACACUUGUACAUGUUCACUAUGCUUUUCGUGUUCAGAGUUCUGAAUUUUUCUGUUGUAAGUUUUGACCUUCAAAUAAUUCAUUAACUAGAUUUUCUUACGCCAUGUGACCAGGCCUUGUCCGCCAUUUUUGGCUGGCAACCCGCGCAGCAACAAAGGAUGAUAACAAGUGAAGGAGCGACGAUUCACUUUACUGAAUUCAUUCGCUUGUUGCCGUCUACUUUACAGUGCUGUGCAAUUUGCCACCCAAAAUGGCGAAUAAGGCCUGGUAGCAUGGCGGGAGAAAGGCUAAUUAGUUUUCUUGUUUCAGUCUUGGUAUUAUUUCUUCCCUGAUGGACCAUUGUGUUGAAAGGACUCUUACAUUUCUCAGCGAUCAUUGCACACGAAGUUUGUACUCAAACUAUAACGACAAGCAAAUGUGUGUAGGCAGUGCACGGGGGGUGCACGAGAUCCAACGUAUGCUUACCAUUCUCUCAUCACUCUUUGAUAAGUACAUCUUGAGAGACAACGAUGAAACACUUGAUAUACUAGACCAUCUCAACAAUCAGCAAUAUUCAAGAUCAAGUUCAAGCAGCGAGGCAGGUAGCGGAAGAAGCAGUAGUAUACCCGCACAUGAUGCUAACACGGUCAUCAGUAGUUUUACGUAUGCUUAUAUUUGGGCAUUUGGAGGAGACCUACACGAAAAGUAAGUCGAAUAAUUGUUCCCUAAUAAGGUGGGUGAAAAUUUCGCGAUACGUCCCACGAUUGAAGCUCAUCGUAGUUAUGAUCAUGCUGUCAGUGGCGUAGCCAGGGAGGAGCAAGAGGGGCUCUACCUCCUCCCAAUGGACAGAAGGCUGCCCUUGUGAAAAGCUGAAAUCCGGGCAGGAAUGGGGGGGGGGGUACGAUAUGUGAAUAAUGUGGUCUUCCCUAUCUAGAAUGUCUAUGAAUGAAGAAGUCUAUGAUUGUUGAAAGCAGAUUUGCACUUGAAAAAACCUUUGCAAGCACAUUUGAACUUGAAAGCCCCCUACAUUCCUUGCUGCCUUUGGCGCUCGCAUUGGAAAUGCCAUAAAAAUUUCGACCCCUCAAGUUUAGACACAAACAACGCGAUUGCAUGCUGGUGUGACCAAACGUAAGUUCAUUGGGUUUUCCUCACUUUAAGCGAAUUUUGAACUUCAUUGGUUAAACCAAGUUUUUGGACUUUAAUUUAUAAUCUUGGUACGGACUGGAAUUGGACUACUUUUGCACCCACCGGUUCUCGAACAAAUGUGAAAGGAAUCAAACUAACCUGAGGCCGAAAAUUGUUAUGUACCUUUGCAUGCGAUGUAGUUAUCUAGAUUUUGAGCAUCUCACUCGAUAGAACUUACAGUUGAAGGGUUUUUGUAGAUGAAAAUUUCGUGUGUAAAUUUUAUACAAUUCUAGACUUAACCAGGAGCAACUGCGAAAAAUGCAACUAUAGGCCAACUCGCAGGAAUCGAACCUGUUGCUCUGCGAUUCUGGGGAAAUGGUCAGCAAUGUGCUUCUCUGUAAAUCAAAAUAGUUUAAAGCAUUGUAAUUUAACUUUCUUAUUCCUAACUGUUUUAGUUGUGUUGAAGCAUUUGAUGAAUUUUCCAAAGCCUUGCUAUCCAGUGGACCUCAUCCUCACAGCAGUUUACCACCAGUGACUGUCUUUGAUUACCACCUCGAUUUUCCCACGGGAACUCUACUAUCUUCAACUGAUAAACUGAGUGGAAAACCUCGUGUUAUCGCAUCGUCAUAUGUUGUUGUACCGAGGGUAUGCUAAGUUAACCAUCUCUCACCCUAAAUACCAAUGAAUGCCAUUUUAUAUUAUCAAAGUUUUAGAUCCAACACCUAUUUGCAAGACUGGUGAAUUCUGCAGCAGAAUCUGCUAGUGAGGCAGCAUCUUCCUGAGUCGUGGUACAUCAGUUGGAGUUUGAUUUCAGCAUCCAUUCUCGUCCCCACUAGUUCUGGUUCGCUUGGUGAACUCUAGACCAUGCCUACCUCGAUUCAAAGAUUGGCUACAUGUACCUCCACAAAAAUAAAAUCUACAUGCAUGCCUAUUUGUUUUUCACGAUUAAUUUGUGAUUCACUACUUAUUCUUUCUCCCUGAAAUUUCUUUAGGACGAGGUUUACUUCUCUUUACUGGAUAUUUUACUGUCUGCAAAUAAGUCCGUUCUUUUGGUUGGACAGCCUGGUUGUGGAAAAUCAUCAUUUAUGCAGGUACGGUUCACUAUUUUGUGUGCGAAUUUCCUGAUAACUUCACUGCAGACGGUGAACUUAUAUUGAAUUUCUAACUGCAAUUGUUCAACAAUAAUACUGUUGAGGAAAAGUUGUUGGCCUUAUUUUGUCUUACAAUUUUCCCCUCCACUGUAUCCCUCUUUCUGAGAGAAACGAAGCAUCACAAUAAUUGUACACCAUUUUCGCUAUCAUUUUCGCUAUCAUACAACAACAUUGCAAUAGCAAACAAAUCCCGACCAUGAUCAAGCGGUAUUUUCAGCGUACACUCAGAUGACAGGAUGAGUCUUUUACUCUGUAGUAAAAAUUCUACACUUUGUAGAAUUCAGAGCCUUUGUUGUACUGUAGCAAGCCUAUAAAUUGUUCCCUUAGGCAGGUUGAAUCUAAUUUUUUGUUAGCCAAAACGAUCAAAAUACCCGCAGUCCCGCCUAUAUAGUGCAUUAAGUAUUUGUUGGUUUUCCUCCUUGACACUUUCUUUGGUCGUCAUUUUUUUAUAUAUAGAAUCUUGUCAAUUCACGCUAUAAAUAUGUCCGAUUGUCCUUGGCUCAUGGUAUGAGCACGCAAUUUCUGCAAGAAAUCAUUGAGUCAAAGGUUCAGGGUUCGAGACGACGAGAAUCUGUGGGCAACAACCUCGUAAUGAGUUCACCAAACACACGAAAUGUAUUCUUCUUGGAUGACAUGAACAUGGCUGCAACAGAUGGAACAAAUAACCAGCCCUCCGCAGAACUUGUACGAAGCUUGAUAUCAUUAGGUAAGUCUGAAUUACUGCACGUAUGUGUGUUGUGACAACAUGAUGGGCUGGGAUCGAGUCUAUAAGCAACCGUGGUCUAAGUUAUACACUAUAAAAGAGGAAGUUGAGAUUUUGCCACGUUCAACAUACAUUUCUUUGGGUUAAAAGAUAAAAUAUAAACACUUAAUAAUACUCUUAUUGGAUUCCGGUCUAUAGACCCUUGUUGGACCUCUUGAGAUAACAUACAGGUUAUAAUUGAAUGAAAUAUUAGUUUAGGAAAUGUUAGUUUCGAUUUUAGUUUUGUUUCAAUCAACUCUUGAGUACGAAUUGACGAAGAGUUCAUGUAUUGAAAUUUUUAUGUUCCAGGCGGCUUGUAUGACAGACAAAGACUGUGCUUAAAACCGCUGGCUAAUACAUGUAUCGUUGGCGCAGCCGUUCCUCCUGGCUCUCCUGGUGUUGGAGGUGGCGUGAGCAGUUUCGCAAUAUCUCCACGUCUUGCAAGGAUCAUGACUGUGCUGUCAUUUCAUGCUCUGUCUACAGCUACACUUCAGUCUAUUUAUUGCAACUUGGUUCAAACAUGGCUUGAAGAUUUUCCUGCCUAUUCAUUGACACACCAUCACCAGUUGGCGAAGGUAAGUCAUGCUUUGUGGAAAAAAUAAUAAAGGCCAAAUUUGAGAUUUUUAAAAAUUUCACUCUCAAAUGAAGGGUAUUUUGCAACUUUGGACUAGAUUAAAGUAUGCUAGACAAAAUUUCAAUUUGCAGCAUGUGAUCAAAAUAAGGAAGUGCGAUUGGCUAAUUUCCUUGCGAUUUACCAAAUGAACGAGACUUACUUUUUAAACUAUAUAUCAUGCUCAAUUGACCACUUGCGUAAUAGACUAAAUUUUGAUCUCAACAAAAAUUUCAUCACAGCUUGAAAGAGCAUCACAAAAUUAGUAAUAUUCCAAAGUUCCGUUGCGAAAUGUUGUAAAAUGCGGAAAAUAUAGCCUUCCGAAAUUUUCAAUUUUCAGUCAUUUUAGAUUACAAACGGGAAAUUGACAGCCCCAAACCCUUCGAGUCUGUCAAUUUCCCGUUUGUAAUCUAAAAUGACUGAAAAUUGAAAAUUUCGAAAGGCUAUAUUUUCUGCAUUUUACAACAUUUCGCAACAAAACUUUGGAAUAUUACUAAUUUUGUGAUGCUCUUUCAAGCUGUGAUGAAAUUUUUGUCUAGACUUGUUUAAAUCAAAAUUUAGUCUAUUACGCAAAUGGUCAAUUGUGAAAUCGCAACAGCUGUUAUUAUAAUUGAAUACGUCUAUGCUACGGACCAGCGGUAUCUGCAUUAUUUUGACAUGGAGACGAGGCUAUAGGGUCAUGCUUUGUGUUUUUUGACCCUUUAGCCUCGUUUUCGUGCGUACUUCCACUGAGAUACCGCUGGUUCGCCGCAGCGGCGUAUUCAAUUACGAUAACAGCUAUUGGUCAUGCACAAUUUUGAGACACAUAAUUUUUUUUCGUAGGUGAAAAUUUAACCUGCUGUCUUGGUUUGUGUAUUUCUGCACGAUGAAUUCAUUUCACAAUUUUAGAAUAUAAAAUUUGGAUUGAUCCGGACAAGAUUUCUGGAAAACUAUUUCCGUGUUACUUUGUAAACCAGCUGUUGAGACGAUUGCUUUGACGUUGUUGGCCCUGCAGAAGAACGGUUUCAGCUUAACUGGAACUAAAACAGUCGCACUCAAACCAUAUAUAAAAGAACAGCGUUAGCUAAAAUAUUAUCUGAAAUAUAAUCAUUGUUUUCCAGGCUAUAUCCAGUUCCACGAUAAACUUGUUUGAAAGAAUAUCCGAAGACCUUCGUCCAACUCCGAUACAUCCGCACUAUAUCUUCACUCAACACGACAUGGCUCGGGUAUUCCAAGGCAUGAUGAUUCUCUCCUCAAAAACAAAGACACGACCACGGGCCAAAGCGAGGAAGAAAGAGAAUACCAAACAGAAAACCAGUAAGGAAACUGGUGGUAUUCUGAAUCAAAGUCACGAGGAUGUGGAAAGAAAAAACACACAAGAAGAGAAUAAAAUUCAUGAAGAGAAAAGGUAUACGAUUUAAAGAAUAUUCGGAAUAAAUUUUGAGUUUGCCAAAAUUAGAAAAAAUAUCCCAAUUGGCUUUCUCACACAGACCCGUAUCCGCCAUUUUUGGGGCGCUCUUUUCCCACGUCGGAGAACGUAGACAAUCUAAACAAUGUGUUAACUGUAUAUUUACAUUAUACACACAACUACACUGUUAUAAAAAAUCGCAUUUCAUGGUGUUUACACUCUCAGAUUUGGGAGAAACAGUACCCCAAACAUGGCGGAUAAACUAAUUGACGUACUUUUCAAUUUGUUUUUUGGACCGACAUCAGCGUACGAUGGGCAUCAUGGAAUUAUUUGUCUGUUAGGUUUCGAAUGUACCUCAUGCAUGUUUAUUGCUCUUGACAAAAAGGCAUAAUUUAAAAAAAAAACAAUUUGCAAAACUCGAAAAGAAGCAGUAAAUAUUUUUCCUCGGCAAUAUGUUUCCUACCAAUUUUUUGUAAAAUUUUAAACGAUUUUGAUCAUCUUGAUAACACUUGAAAAUUUGAACCAUUUCCAUACUUUGAAUUUCUAGGUUUUUUUAGAAACUUCCACGCAUUUUCUAGAAAAUUUUCAUAAUAUGGAAUUGUGCAAAACUUUGGAAAUUGAAUUUUUAGACUUUUUAAAGUAAUUAAUCGUAGUUUCCACAGUUUGGAAGUGUUUCAAAUUUUCCAGUGUAGAAGUGAACUUGAAAAUUCAUGUUUUCGGUAAGGUGGUACUUUUAUUACUGCAGUGAAAGCAUACACCAAGUAAAUCUUACAUGGAGUUUAGGACGGGGUUAAAUGGAAUCUAUUUCGACUAGUAUUUGGUAUAUGCUGUUAUAUGAACUUUUAUGAGUACAUGUAAUAAUUUUGUAAUGAUAAUACAGUAUGUCCACCAUAAACACAUGUCCUCUUUUGUGUCUGCAUCUGAGUAGUGAACGUAUACUGUCGUAUGUAUAGUAGCUGUCAUCAUUACCUAUACCAUAUAACAGGGCUCUAAUUUUAUCGCGGAAAUCACGGCAAUUGCCGUAGAGGGAGAACAAAAUGCCGUGGAUCAUUGCGGCAACGACGGCAGUUUUUUGCCGUAUAGUGCAAUUUUUAUACUAUUCACUGUGCAUUACUAUUUUGAUACUUGAAUUCAGAUGUUGAUCAAAUUAUGCGUAAAUCACUAGUUUAUUUUAGUCUCAGUUUUCUUAAAAUAAAAAACACUAAAGAAAUACGUAGACAUGUUUCUAGCUUGUCAAAAUCCAAAGUAACAAUAAAAUUAAAGUUUCAUUACAGUAAUUUGAAAAAUGCCGUGGAAACUGUCAAAAUUGCCGUAGACAGCUGUUACGUUCUCCGGCAAUUUUUAACGCCAUUGCCGUCGAUUGAUUUCAGGGAAAUUCGAGGCCUGCCAUAUAAGCUAUGUUUGCUAGUUUUAAGUCUUUCACCACAAAAUCAUUUUAAUUUGUUUUGCUGUACUUAUUAUUAGUUGUCUCUUUUUUGUAGUUUGCCUGUGGUAGUAAAGAAAGAUACGUUAGUUUCAAUCAACUGUAAAACUCCAGCUCUCACCACACCUUUGAUCCGUGUUAUACUUCGUCUCUGGUGCCACGAAUGUACCCGAGUAUUUUCCGAGAGGUUGAUUGGCGAGGAUAAGCUCUGGUUCUCAUCGACCUUGCAUAGCGUGGCUUUGGAGCAUUUCUGUGAAACUUCGCUAGAUUCAUCAUCGGAAGGUACAGUUCAGUAUAAAUAUUUUAAUAGUGAACUUUACUAGAGAGUUAAACGCGAUGUGUAAAACUUCUAUUUCACGCCUGCGAGUGACAUAUCGAGUUAAAGCUAUGCAGGUGGACGAAAUAAAAUGCUGGGCAAAUUCUCUCAAUUUAAUUACUGUGAAUAUAAAUAUGUACACAUAACUCAGAACUUGCGUUGCAAGUUGCAAAAAUUGCUUCAUGUAACACGGCCUUCAGUUUACACCAUCAAAUCAGUUUACAUCAUCAUUAUUUCAAAAUAUGAUUUGAUCGAACUGUGACAAACUAGAAUGUAAACCUUUCAAAAAGCACAACGAUUUUAAUUCAAACAUUUCUCAUCAAUUUUUUUGAUGCACCGUUGCCGCAGUAACGUAUACUGUAUGAGCCAUGCAGUUUCAACACUUUCAAUGUGUUUGGAAUUUUGGUUACCUUUGCAGGUACAGAUAUCAUUGUAUUUCAAAGACCAGCUACACCGAAGACACCAAAAGGAACUCCAGCUGCCAUAUCAACACCCAGUGACGGAGAUGGUGAUAACCAGACAAAUAUCGAGACUACAGAGCAUGCCAACGGCACGUUAUCAAGUCCUGCGGGAAAUAUAAACCAGGCGCAUCUACCAGCACCUGAGGAUGGUGGGGAAUCUGAUAAAUCGCAGUUGCCUGUUGCAGCAGGCGACGAUUCAAGAGAUUGUGAAUGUCCUGACUCCCAUCCUCAUGUAUCUCAAAGUAAUGACCAGAAAGCUGAAAGUGAAUCUGCAAUCACAGAUGAAAGUUCUACGGAUGAGCUGGACUUUAUCCCUCAGGAAGAACCCGAGCCUCGGGCUACACUUAGUAAACAAAGAGUUGUGACUUUCGAAGACAUGAGCAAACAACACGCUUAUCGUGGGCCUCUUAUUACCUCAGAUCAAUUGAUCGAGGCUGGCGAGGAUCUUUCAAAAAUUAUAUUCUGUCGUCAUUUUACCUCGUCAGUUAAGCAAGGUGGAGCUGAGCAGGAACGAGGCUAUGGUGAGGUGACUGUAACAGGGUUGACUGAAGGACUUAAACAUGCUCAAGAGUUGUAUAACCAACAAGAUGGCUUACCGUUGGAUCUUGUGUUCUUUGAAAAGGCUGUCCGUCAUGCAGCAAGGCUUAGUCGUUCACUUGUGAGUAUAACAAUUAUACAGGGUGUUAGGGGGAAAAUGCUACUGACCGAUUCGAAAACUCGCUCCCACAAUGUUGCAUUAUUUUACUUUUUCAUUCAUUACCAAGGCAAAGUGAAAGAGAUUAAGUUUGAAAACAAGAGAUAUAUUUUGACACUAUUGGUCUAGUAGAACCGAUGUUAUAGCUGUUGUAAAAUAAGUCACCCAAUGGACCAUUGGACCAUGAUUUCAUUUUAAGUAUUGUAACUGGUUUAUGUCACUACUCACUUUAAUUAAACGCCAUAACUUUGGUUCUGCUAGACCAAUUUUAAUAAUGUUACUGUCAAAAUUCAUCGUUUAGAUUCAAUUUCGAUGCUCACUAACAAUUAGCAGUGUAAAAAUCUAGAACACAUGCAGCUAUUAUUGCGCCCUCUCGGAACACCCUGUAUAGAGAAGGAGACCACAAACCUGGAACUGCGAUUUUGAAUCUCGCUUAAGACAAUUUUUAAUUGUUUCCAGCAAGCCAAUCGAAACAUUUUUUGUUGGAGGUAGUUUUCAGUGUUCCAAAAACAACUUUUAACUUAGUCAGGUUAAUUGCUGUGUAUUUAAAACUGUAAUCCCAUGCAGUAACCCUUGCAUUAUGUACGCCCCAUAUGAUGGUGUUUCUAUUUUAUUUUGUUUUAUUUUCGGUUAUUUUAUUAGUGCUUAUCAAGCGGCAAUGUGCUGUUAUUGUCCAAGUCUGGUCAUGGACGAAAGGAUCUGGUAUUACUGACUUCGUUUACAGCUGGCUGUAAGGUAUCGUAUGCUUUACUUGCCUGUAUACUGUAGAUAUGUGAUUUACUCAUAGGUAAUGGUUUGACUUGUUAUCCGUUAUUAUGCAAUCCUUGUUAUUUGAAACGAGGUUACUUCGAAUAUAUAAUUAAAUACGAAAAUGAUGGAAGUGGUGGGGCGCUACCGUCCUAUAUGAACAAAUUUGGCGUUUAUUCGUUCAAGGAAAACCAGGUUUAAUAUCAGACAUGUUUUGUGAUUGCUUGAUUUUAACAAUGAAACACAAAAAACUAAGAAUAAAUGUUCUAAAUAAAUGGUCAAUGUUCUAAAGAAUAAAUCACUGCCCUGAUCACUUUUGUCACCAAACAUGUUCAAUUUUGGUUGGUAUUUAAUAGUAAUUUAAUAUUUAGUUUAUAGAUAUUAUAUUAUUUUUAUGGAAUGCAGUGUUCUUACCAAAUUUUUGGCUCUGCUUCAGAACGGCUGGCGGGAAUGGCGGGAUAUAUUAUUUCAUACAUUGCAUUUAUCUGAAGCCACGUGACCACAAAUCAGCAAUCACACUUAGCAUUAACCACGUUCUAUAACAGCAAUUCUUGUGCUCUUAUCUUACAGUUAAUACAGUUAAGAAGAAACAAACACGAGGAUUCAAGACAACGAAUGAAAAGUGCAAUUUAUGUUGCUGGACUGCGAGGCAAACAAGUUGUCCUUUAUGUGCCACAAAACAUUGAUCACAAGACCAUGCAGGAUGUCUGUUCGCUGAUGAGUGAAGGUAUAAACAGUAUACCCAAGAAACGCUACUUGUGCAAUUUACAGACAGACAGAGAAACAAGCAAACAGACAGACGUUACUAGGCUACUGACUCACUAAGAUCACUGCAGUCAACUCAAUGCGCAUCAUUUUGGCUGUAGAGCCUCGUUUUUGUCUAUGUGAUAUUAGUUAAAGCCUAAUCUCUCAAUCAUGAAAGCGAGACUCUAUAGCCAAAGUGACGUACUUUCCGGAAGGGUGUAUUACGAAUUAGGCCUGUGACACUCCAGCCCAUUUGAGCUGGACAUUAUCAUUUAUAGACCUGGGAGGGGAGGGUCUAUAAAUGAUAGGGGGAGGGUCUAUAAAUAAGGGGAGAGUCUAUAAAUGAUAUACUAUACCGAAAAUUAAAAGCGUCCUCGUGAAUACGAUGUUUAAUUUUUUAUUAACGCAAAUAUUUGUUACUUUUAUUUCGAAUCACAUAUCGUUUGGAAUAUUGAUGAUAAUAUUUUUUUCAAAAUUUUGCUUCAUAAUUAAAAAAAUAGCUUUUUUUGAAGUUUGAAAACUUAAUAAUUCAUCUCUCCUUAGUAUAUUUUGUCGGCCAUCUUGUUUGCGUGAUCGCCGCGCGUGGUUUAUUAUUUGAUCAAAUCACCCCGUGUGGUAUGAUUGAAAUCAUCCGCUACGUCAAAUACGAUGACGUAAGGCGUGAUUCGAUGAUAAAUUCCAUGCUCACGUGGCACAAACUUAGGUUUCUGAUUGGACACAUUGAAUUUGAGGUAUAAAAAUAAUAUAAGAAAGUAAUUUAUAAAAUCGCUUCAAUGUCUUUUUGAAGGCUAUUGCCUGUAUUCUAAAAGCUCACACACUCAAAGAGUGGAGGUUCAAUCUGAGCUUCCCUUGAUUAUCAGUGCUGUUCUUGAAUAGCUGGAGGGUUAGUCCCGUAUCUUUCUAUGUGACUAGUCACCCUCCAGCUAUUCAAAAACAGCACUGACACACAAGGGAAACUCAGAUUGAACCUCCACUCUUUAAGUGUGAGUAUGAGUGAGCUUUUAGAAUACAGGCAUAAGUCUCUAGUGAAAGAAACUCAAAGGGUCACCUUCGAGAUCGUGGAUUCGAUUCUCGCUAUGGACUCUUCUCAAAAUGUAAAAGGCGAAAUUGAGGAUCUAACAAUCAUCAUGGGCUACUGCAGGGACACUGGAAAGUUGACAAUAUGGGUUAAAAUAGAUAGAUUGCAUGGUAAUUCGGAUUAAUGCCAUAAAAAUAUAAAUAGUGUUCAAAUGGCAAAAUAGGUACUAGGCAUAAUAUAGGGUAGGUUUAAUGUAGAGAGGGAUGCAACUGUCUGAAAAAUACAAGGGAGGUUAGGCGACGAAGGGCCUUCGCUCAAAACGUCGAAGUUCUCCUUGUAUUUUUCAGGUAGUAGUAUACCUAUCCAUCCGCAGCUUUCUUAUUAUUGACACUACCUACAUUGGCACAGACCGUGAGGUUGAAUGUAAUUGCUCACUGACAAGUCCCGACAAGGAGUGAGCUAAGUAGUGUCUGUUGUUUUAUUUCAUAGGUAAUUGUCCUGAAAUCUAUUCGACUAACGAGCUUGCGGCAAUCUGCAAUGAGCUAAUACCUGGUAUUCUUCGUGGACGACGAAACAGUAAUAUGUACGUGGCACAAGAACGCUUCUUCCGGCGUGUUCGUGCAAACCUCCAUGUUAUUGUAUGUUUGGACUAUCCCUCUGAUCAACCUGGUAUUGUACAUAAAUUUCCAUUCUCACAGUUCUUUGAAUUCCCUUCAUUACUAACAAGAACAUGUUGUAUCGAUGUGUUCCAACCUUGGCACGAUAGUUCACUCACUAAAGUCUCUAUUCUGAGGCUGGCAAGUCAGCAUGUUGACGCGGCUGUACAAGAGAUUAUCGAAUAUUUCAAGAAUUCAGUGGCUGCUAUCAUGUCGUAUGUUCAUACGUCGUCUGUUAAGAUGCUGGAACAACAGUUUGGUUUCAAUCGAUACAAGUGUUACACACCGAAAACGUUUGUUGAAUUUGUUGAUAUUUUUGCAAAAUGCUGUGAUCUCAUAUGGGAAGAGGAACAGGUAAUACAAGUAAUUUAUUUAUUAUAUAAAUAUAGAUAUAAAUAUUUGACACUGAGAAACUGACAGUAAACAACACCCAAGGUCCACAAGCGAAGUAUAUGCCAAAACAGGUUUCUUACUGCUUAUUUCUUCAUUUUUUCUGGAAUUCGAAUCGAAGAUGUUUAUCUGAAGUAAUUUCAGCCUUGACUGUUUUUCUGAUGGUAAUAUAGUCGUUUUAUUUGCGAAAAAUUCCAUAAAAGCUCUCACUUCAAGGACUUCGCUAAAACCGGGCGUCAUGUAAACAUGAAUUCCGGCAAAAAAUGAAGAAAUAAUUUAAUUAUGAGCGGGAAAACACCCACCAAUGAAACGCUCAAUUGUGGGAAGCACCAGCCGAUCAAACGCUGAGUAAUAACUCACCACGUGUGAAAAAAUAUCGUCCGCCAUGCUGGUACGAUUUUUAUUUCACUCGUCUAUACUUCACGGGAAUCUCUGUUCAUUCAUUAACACAAUAUCAUUUGCAUGGCAAAUGCUCGUAGACAUAACCAUUACUCCCAUAAUCUAUUUUUAUAUGCAACUAUCUGCUACGCAUUAAAACCUUCCGAGUACACUUAUGCCCUGCGUAAUUCGUCGAAAAAUUUUGGAUUUUUAGGAUAAGAUUGCAACAUGUGAACAAGCUUUAGCCAAGGUUAGAGAAGCCAACGAGCAGAUCAAUGAAAUGCAGAAAGACUUGGAUAGCUUUACUCCAAUCCUUCGAACUGCGGAGCAAGAAGUUAAAGAUUGUUUACAACUAGUAGAAGGCUUGCAAACAGAGUACAGCGAAGGAAGGGAGAAAUGCAAACAGCAAGAAAGUGAAAUUGAAAAGAUGACGGCCCCAAUCGCUGAGUUAGAAAGACUUGCUAAAAUAGAGUUGGAUAGGGUGAGUUGUUUGCCGAGUAAUGUACAAACGCGGUAGUCUCUGCCUAUCUUUGUUUUGAAAUAUGAGAUUUAUAGGUAUAGGAAAAAAACAUUAGAAAACUUCGUUAACUUUCCAGUCUAAACGACUUUGAACAAUCAUGACUCGUGUAGAUAUGCAUGAUUGUCUAAAACUGUUAAGGAUGUUGCAACAUGGUGCAUUGAUACAACUAAAUGCGACUUUUUAUACUGGUUGACCUGUAGUAGUAGUUCACUCUGCCAGACUGCAAUGAUCUAGCCAUUGGAAACGACCAAUGUAGGUAUUGUAGGAAACCGUAGAAUUAGCAAAAACCCUGCAUUAUUUUGUACUGCAGGAGUCCAACAUGAAGCAUACUAUUCUUACAGAAUAUUAAAUCUGACAAACACUGCAACUUUCCAUUUCGGAAUCGAACUCCAAUCUUAUGAAACGCUACCCCACCAACAACACCCUAUAAUAUCCCACAAUUAUCUUAUACUUUUCUGGGGCCAGUUGUACAACCUUCGGAUAGCCGUAUGCACCGGAUUUUUCAGCCGUUGUAAAAAUGCUUGAAAAGCUAUCAACCUAUACGAAUAUAUGGACCUCACAAUUAAUAGAAGAAACUUUAAUAUUUUUAUCUGGGUUAUGCCAAUAAACAGACAAUUUUAGGAGGCUUAAAAAAUCGCUGUCCGGUGGAUAGUGCUAUCCAAUCUUCGUACAACCGUUCCCAGGGGAACCCCGAAGUGACUGAAAUGUUGUUGCUAUUUCAGGUGAGUCCUGUGUUUAGAUCAGCAUAUGAUGCACUGCGAGCUUUAAAUGUUUAUGACGUAGAAGAAAUUCGUAGUUACAGAACACCACCUGACCAAGUUGUUCUUGUCGUUAACGCUGUAUGUUUGCUAUUUGGGAAAGACGAGACGUAAGUUGUUUGAGUAAAUACUAAGCCAUGAAUUACAGAUAUUUUGUGGCUUCUGUCCAGUGCAACCCAUUUACUGUAGUGUCCCCCACAAAAAGGCCUCUUCUCAAGCGGUCAACCUUCGCCUUGCCUAAGAAACAAAAUGUUGUUCGUUUGUUAUAGUAAUUAAAAACCCCUAAAUUUUUGGUAUAAAGCAGGGUUAGCUAACGCCUUGCUUUUCAACGCAAUUUUACAAUGUUCAAUAUACUGAUCAUUGUAACUUCUUAACAUCUUCAACUUAUCUUCUAAUUGUAACAUUGUAACAUCUUCUACUUAUAUCAUGAAAGAACAUCUUCUACUUAUAUCAUGAAAUGUUGGAAGAAUGCUCGAGAAGCGUGUAAAACACUCGGCUACUCCUUGUGUUUUACACGCUGCUCUCGUAUUCUCCCAACGUCCCCUCGUGCAUUAUUAGAGAGGUUUAGCAAAGACGACGUGAAAAUGGCCUAAUAAUGGCGUAAUAUGCCCAUCUAUGGAUGACUCACGCCAUUUUCACGUCGUCUUUGACGUCGCGUCGUCUUUGCUAAACCUCUCUAUUAUCACACCAUAAACGCACGCGAUUCGUUUGUAUUUCUAAAUAAUAUACUGUAUCAAGCCACCUUGCAUGCAGACCACGUUGCCAUCCCAAGACACUAUAAAGUGUUAGUUAGUAGGCAGGGAAAUUUUCAUUCUCAUUUCAAUUUUUUGCAGUUGGGAAGAAGGCAAGGUGUUAUUCAGUCGUGAAGAUUUUAUCAAAGAUUUGGAAUUCUUCAACAUGAAAGCAAUAACUGAUAAGACAUUCCACAGGUUAAAAGAUUACGUGGAAAAUCCAAAGUUUGUCCCAGAAGCUGUGAAAGAAGGCAGCCUUGCUGCUAUGUCUAUUUGUGUUUGGAUUCGUGCUGUCUACCAUUUCUGUGUUGUAUAUCGCGAGUAUUUUCCCAAGCAACAGCGGGUUAUUGAGGCGAAGAAAAUCCUUGACGAGGUGGGUUUGAAAUUUUACUUUGAUAUUUUUUCGAUUCCAAAGAAACUUCCUAAACAUCAUUAAAAAAAAAACACUUGAACAUUUCAAGUCGAUGCCCUUAAAGGCAUCAGCAGACUAGUGUCAAAAUCAAUGGCAAUGACAAAGUAUUUUUAAGGUAGUUAAAACCAAGGCAAAAACCACGGCCGCUAAUUAUACAUCACCCAUAAUGGCACCAAUUGAAUGAGCUAUGGGAUAUGGUGUGUUCUAUACUCUCUCCAUUCUGUAACAAGAACAUACUGUGUUUAUGAACAAUUAGUUAAUGAAUAAUUAACAUAGUUAAUGAACAAUUACAAAAACAUGCAUGUGUUAAGUGUAUAUGUAGUAUAGUAACGAUCGUUUUGAGUGAAAUUUUCAGAACAGGCACGAGAAAGUUUUUCAAACAGCAACCAAGUUAUAUUUCUAUUAUUAUAUUCUAGAUGUCUUCACACCUUUAUUUUUAGGCUGUGGUGUACCUUGGUGAUUUGCGUGUGCGUUGUAAUGAGAUCAAAGCAGAAGUUGAAGCAAAAAUUGAAGAUUAUAAAGAGAAAAUUCAUCAUGCAAGAUCAAUUGAAAAACAAAUCCAGGUAAAAUUCUCACUUUUCUUUAUAUAAGUAUCAAAAUAUUCAGGUUUGACUUCCACUACCGUUACCGCUACUAUUAACCAAUCAGAUGUUUCUAAUCUACUCGAUUAACCAAUCAGGUACGUCCUGAGCCUGUGAGAGGUAGCGAUGGCAGCACUGGAAGUCAAAUCUGAGCCUCUCUAAUUUUACGGAAACACAAAGAAACUAGUUACCAAGUUGCUCGGUAGCCAGAGCAUCGCAAAGAACCUCUCACCCAGAGUACUUUCCUUGGGAGAGUGUACCCUGGUUAUAUGUGAGUAAUGAAGCGUGAUAAAGGAUAUGUAUAUCGACAAGUUUGUUAUGUAUUACGUAAGAGUAUUAAUUACUUGGAAAAGUGUUAAUUACCGUCUAGGAAUGUAAGCGUAGUGUACUAUAUUAUAAACAGAUCCACCAACCUAUCCAGCGCAAUAUGCAAAUUUCAACUCAUCAUUAUUAAUUUCUUUAGAAAUUGAUUGUGUUGAUAGUUUAUAAACAUGCCAAUAUUUGCAUAGCGGGACUGAAUCGUUGGGCUUCCUACGCCACUGAUCCAGCGUACAACCAUUUUGACAUUGUCGUGACAACAAAUAGCUAGGUUAAUGGCUUGCAUUAAUUCAACUUCAUUACCCUGUAGAUAACAGAACAAAGAAAAUCUCGCGCAGAGGCCUUAAUCAACAGCAUGUCGUCCCACAUUAAUUCUUGGCAAGAAAGGCGUCGUGUUUGUCAAUAUCACCUGAAAACUUUGAUUGGUGAUGCAUUAUUUACUGCAGCAUUCAUUUGCUAUCUUGGACCAUUGGAACAAGAAAGACGAGAGCAACUCCUUUAUGAGUGGAAGACUGUUUGUCAAGAAAAAACUGAAGAGGAUGAUGAUAGCGAUGAUGAUACGACUUUUACAGUUAAUGCUCAAUCUUCUGUGCAUACCAGGUGCACGUCUACUAGCGCAUCAUUUCCUGUUGGGAGUCAUCAUAUUCCUUGGAGAAGUGACUUCAAUUUGAAAGAAAUAUUAAGUAGUAAAGAGGAACUCUGUACCUGGAGAAAUUCAGGCUUGUCUGUUAAUUCCCGGGCAGUAGAAAAUGCUCUGAUCAUGCGUACGGUGUGCGACAAGGCUUCUGGACACUGGCCGCUUUUGGUUGACACAGAUCUGCAAAGUUAUGCGUGGGUUAAAUGUUUUUACGAAAAUAUAGCUAAUGAAGGUAAGAACUCAGCGUUAGUAGUGUGGCCUUUUUGCAACCAUCAUAUAUGCCCAACUUACUGCCCCCAUGGGGGUUUCCAGUGACCAGUUACAUCAAGUAUUGUGCUAAACUGUUUUUAUUUCAACCCACCUUGCCAACUAUCCCAUAUAAACGUUGGACAAAACACGAAUGCAGUGCUGUAACUCAACUAUUUUUACCACUUGCGAUGAAAGCAAGGUAGACAUGAAAUAAACCUGAAUAAAAUUCACUGUCCAUCAUCAGGUCAAGUUUUGCCCUUACUUAUUAACAAAAUUUGAAGCAAAUGAUUGCAUACAGUGUAAGGACUGAUUAAUCAACAUUCUAGUUUUUCUUAUGUUUUUCUUAACAAAUUAGUCAUUUGAAGACUUGAUCAUUAUUGAUAAAAAAAAUCAAAAACAAAAUGCAUAACAUAAACAAGCAAACAAUUUGGUGUAGCAAUAUAUUUCUGGUAAAACACCUAAAAAUAACUUGCCCAAUCUUGCAACCAAGAAGCAACUUCUACUUGCCCAUAAUGAUUUUUACUUGUCGCGGCCAAGCGCAAAGUUACAUCACUGGUUCAGUGGGCAAAAGUGAAUUUUCAUGUAGGACAUUAGUAGCGCAGUGAUCAAAACAACAGCUUCUAAACUAUGGCUUUGGUAAGGUCAAGUGCGAUAAUAUUGAUAUUACUUUAUCAUUUUGCAUAUAGGUGGAAGAAGUUCAACCGUUACAGAAGCAAAUGAGACAGAUGAGAAUUGUGUUUUAGAUGAAGAAGUGCAACUGUUAUCUCCAGAUUCUCCAAGUUUAACAACUCCUGGUCAGUCUACUCGUGACAGUGAUGAAGAAUUUUUCACCAACUGUGAAGGUACAGGUUUAUAUUAAUAUUUUAUAAACAUUUGCUUGUUUUAUAUGUCAAACCAUUUAGUAAGAGACUUCAUAUAAUAAGUUUCUUUUAAGUUUUCAUCCUUCGUACCAAAAGCCUCGAACUUGAUAACCAAAAGUUUAGUCACCCUUUAAUUUAAACCGUCGUGUAAGCCACAACAUUUAUUAAUUAAGGCAUGUUAAUCUAAUAAAGUAUUCAUGCUUCGUCAGAGAAACUAACUGUGCACACAACGGGGACAUGCCACGAACAUCCCGGUGCGGAUCUUGUAUAAUAGCUUUUGCUACAUUCAGUGACGUUGCCAGGAUUUCCAGAACAUUUAAAAAGCAGGAAGACAUAUAAUUGCCAUUACAAGGAAUGAAAAUAUAAUGCACAUGCUUGUACUGGUCAGAAUUUUUCCAAGGGGGCCAAAUAUUUUUCCAGGUGGACCACCUCCCCCACCCCUCUGGCUACAUCGCUGGCUAUAUUCAACCGAAAAUACAAUUGAAAAUGAAAACUAUGUCAGAAAAUAACCGAAAUUCAUUAAUAGCGUAAUUCAUCAUUCUUGCAUCAGAAGUGUUUAAGUUCGUUGUGCAAAACAUGCGCGAGAUCAAGAUGCUGUAUAUACGAUUUCGGGAGCGCGAUAUUACAUAUCAUGUAAUUCAUAAUCAAACAACCCGCAUUGACUCCCUAAUUGCACUCUAGUUCAUUAUUCAUAGUCUUACAAUUCUUACAGAAAGUGACUCAACAGUGCUAACAUCAAAUCAAAGCAGCAGACGUACCUCGACAGGAGCAUGCUCUGGAUUAUUAAUUCGAGAGGACUUAGCAAGAGAUCUCAAUAUUGUGGUAAAUUCUUAUAAUUACAAUGUACAGGGACAUUAGGAACGUAUUGCAUCAUUACCAUUGUGUAAUUGUUGUUGUUUUUUUUCAAGACAUCGCCUCUGGAUGACACCUCCAUAGACAGCACAUCGACAGAUUUUGAGUUUGAUGACGACGAAGUAAUGAUAAUAUCUGCUACAGACAGACAUAGAGGUAAAUGUCAUGAUCUGCUGACAAUUCGUAUAAUUUAUGUUACGGUCUCGCAAGCACAAUUAAUUAAAGGUACCAGUUUGUGAGUAAAAUUGGUCGAAUACGUUAAUAAAUAUAUGCAUGCAUAUAGAUCGUCCAUGAAGAAGCAAAGGUACAUUCUUCUUUAGCUGCAAUGUUUUUAAUUGCACCAUACAGUAAUUCAUGCAUUUUUCUGUAGAUGUAAAAAUCUGUAAAGCUGUAAGCACAGGAGCUACUAUGUUGUUGAUAGACAUCGAACGACAAAAACUUGGAUCAAAAUUUGAUAACUUACUUGCAAGAAACACGUUCAUAGAGAAAAAUGGCAAACAAAAGAUACAAAUCGGCAGUCGUUGUGUGGAUUAUCAUCCUGCAUUUCGACUCUAUCUGUACACCAAUAUUCCACUGGAGUUAACCACAGAGGAAACAAUGUCUUCAUUGUUUACAAAGUGCUUGGUUAUCAAUAUGGCGUUAAGUUGUGAGCGAUUACAGGAAGACCUUCUUGAUGAGGUGUUGGCACUAGAACGUCCAGAGUACGAGGCUGAACGUCGUUCUUUGCAAGCAGAUAUUUAUCAUCACGAGCAACAGAUCAAAAUUGCUGAGGUAAGUAAUAAACGGAAAACAUGAAUAGAGAUAAUUUCUCUGAGGUCGAUUAUGCAAAAUAUAUUAAGCGAGAACUGUUUAAAAUUUAACCGUAAGCAGUUCGUUUUGCGCUUGGAUUGUACAUUUGGCUAGUCUAUUUUGACAACCUUAAUUGAAAUAAUUGUGUAACCAAGCAAACGUGAUUUUGAUCAAAUCAAGAACACAAUGCCAUUUCGCCAUCAAGGUUGACUUUAUAGUUUGAUAAGUAGAGCAAAUGAUUGCAAUCCCGUAUAGAGGCGAGUUCGAAUUACAUCUAAGGAAAGUAGAGAGCCAAGUGUUUUACGAUUUUAAUAGUGUCAGAAUAGUUAUAAAAAUAUUACCGUUUACUCUAGUAUUCUUACUGUAUCUAUUAUCUGUGCUGAUGUUUAGAAUGCUGUAUUUGAACGGGUGAUAAACAUGAAUGAACGCCUUCUUGAGAACAGUGAAAUGUCACAGGCUCUUAGGCAUUGUGAGGAACUGUGUAGUGCAGCCAGGCAACAAUUGGAAGAAUCAAUGGUAAGAAAAUAUCAACAUUAAAAACAAUCACCACGACGGCGACGAAAACAAAGCACGACGAAAAUACCAACAACGACGACACAACCUUGACAAUAAUGGAAAGUAGGGCGGUAUCAACAGCAACGAAAACAGCAAAAGAAACAAACGGUUUCCUGUACAUAAGAAUGGAGUAUAUGUUAAUGCUUGCAUAUUUCCAUUUUUUAAGGCUUUACAAGAAAUUUCAAAAGAAAAGCAAGAGGAUUACGCUCACGUUUCAGAACAUGGUGCUGCUAUAACGCUCAUUGUCUCUAGAUUGUCCGAAUUACACUGUUACUAUCAAACACCACUUCGUGUCUCUUUGAAGUUCAUUCGCGAGGUAGUAAAUCAAAGACGCAGAGGGAAGCGUUCUUCUGGUUCAUCUUUGGCUCGUUCUGCUGAGUUGAUAACUUAUAUUACAAAAGCAAUGUGUUCGAAAAUAGCCAAAUCUGUUUAUUCAGGUAAUAUAUGUUGUCUUUUUGUUAAGAAGGGUGAAAUGUAGAUAUCGUACUUUGUAAAUUGUAGUUCUUUCGAAUAUAUUUCCCGUUAAAUGUUCUUUAAAUGAUUCUGUUACAGAUCAUUACGUUGUCUUUACAUUUCUGGUCGCUGUAGAAAAGCUACAGCUUGCUGGUCAAAUAUCUGAAGAGGAAUGGAAUCUGUUUUGUGAAGUGAAAACUCUUUCGUCCACUGAUGAUCACAGUUCAGAUGCAUCUGUGGAUGACAUUAUUCCUGAGUGGAUAGAUUCAGAAAUAUGGAAAGAGGUCACUAAUCUUGAUACACUACCCGGAUUUCAGGGUUUGAAAGAAGCAAUCUUAAGUAACAGUGCGCUGUGGAAAGAAUAUUUUGAGGUGAGUCUAUUAAACGGUUCAAUGAUUUGUUUCUCCCAACUUCUUUGUUAAGACAGUCUAGAAUAGUUGGAAUUCAAAUUAAAUUUCAUUAGUAAACCGGCAAGACGGCAUUACGUUAGAACAGCCUUACUGGCGUAUUACCAACUCAAGGUGUAUGAGUUCAUUUAUGUUUUAUAUACAACCCGUGAAUCAGUGGAUGGAAACUAUCCGUAGGUUUUUUGCUUUUUUAUGAUUAUUGCUCAUGUUGUUUUCUUUGAACGCUCUAGCUUCCACCCAUACUAAUGGCUCCCACGCCGAGCAACAUCCGUCAGCUAUCUGUGUUUCAACGAGCUUUGCUUUGGAAAACAUUUAAGAAGGAAAAAGUAAGAAGCCUGACCUAUUUUUCAUUCAAUAACUGAAAUUAAGGAUAAGCGAAGUAGCUUUGUAUUAUCAUAUUUUUGUUCCAUAGCUACUACAACCUCGGUCACCAAUUAUAGGCUAAAUGGCAGAAACGGCAAUCUUUACAGGAAAUACAAAUACAUGAAAGUAUAUAAGCAUUACUUCGACGUUUUGAGCCAAACCCCUUGCUAACCAACCUGUUGCCAGGCACUUUAAUAGUGGCACUCACAUGCAGUGUUUUAGAUUUGAACCCUUUGUGCUAUUCCUGGUAGUAAUGAUGGCCGCAAAAGACAUCAAAAUAAUGUACAGUACCUCAUUUCCAAACUUGGCACUGUCCACCCCAAUGUUAUUAAUGAAUGUUUUCCCUAUGUUUUGCUCAAUCUCAAUGGCGGAUUUUCAUUUUUGUAAAAGGAGGGGUGGAAAAAUUUCUAUUGGGGUGCAAGCGGCACCCAGUGGAGCGAGCUUCGGCAGGGGUUAGGCGUUAGGAUUAUAAAAGACUUUCACACAAAAUAGGAGAGUGAAGCGAAAUUUUGGUGGGGUUGAAGCCCAUGCUCAAUCUGUCUUUGCCUGUCAUCAGCGCUGCUAGAAGGCAUUAACAGUAAUUCGUAUCGUCGCAUUUUCCCCUAUUUGUUGUAUUUUGUCAGUUUAUCACAUAGCUUCCGUAUUACUGAAGUAUAUUCUGUAAUGUGGUUUUCGUUUUUGUUUACACUUUGUUUGACUAAAUCCAUCCGAUUGCUUUAUUUUUGUCACGUAAUCGCUAUUUUCACUAGUAUAAACGCACAUACGUUUUUUCCAGGUCGACCCAACGCUACUAGCUUACUGACAAAGGGUCUUCGCUCGAAACGUCCAAGUUCUGCUUAUAUUUUCCAGGAAUAUUGUCUAUUUCCUAUAAAGACCGUUCGAGUAUUAUAUAGCAGAAUACUGUUCCAGGAUAUUUCUGAUACCAUACAUGCAGUCAUGCAUUACUUAGCACUUUUACAAAGAGCAAAGUUAAUUAGUUAUUUUUUUUACACAAAACCAGUUUUCAGUCAAUUUCUGCAAGCUUUCGAUAGAAUCUUUUCUAGUGAAAUCGUAUUUUCCCGUAAUCCAAAGGUAUUUCGUUCAAUUUGUUAUUCCUCCACUUUCCAAAGCAUAUGUUUCUCUGAAAAGUUUACAUGGAAAUCAUUCGCUAUCAAUGUUUUCGUUGUUGGUGAUGUUGUUCAUAACUAAGUUUUUUUUCCACGUUACAGUUGCAUAUGAUUUGUGAAGAUCUUGUUCUGUAUCAACUUGGGACAAAUGCCACAACUAUACCGUCGUUUUCAAUAGACAAUGUUUAUCACGAUUCCUCUUGUAUCACACCUAUCGUUUUCUUUCUACCACAAUCCUUGUACAAACAGAAUUGGAGGAAACACAAUUUGAAAGGUUUGUUGUGAACAACAGCGGUGUCGGAAUUGCAAUGAUUACGAGAUUUUUCACGGAGAGUUGCCCAGUGGGGUCGAUUACCUUUUACUUUAUCAUAUAUAUAAUAUAUAUCGUAUUUUAUUGCCACUUCGUAUUGUGUUCCCCAUUUAGCCUAUCUUCAGGCGUCCAACUAAAUAUUGGUUGAAAUAUGUGCGCAAGCAAAAUAUUGUACUAUUAAUUUUGAUGUAUUAUGUUAUUUUUGUUGCUUAGUUUUUCACUAGGCUGCCUUCGUAGUUUCUUUAUAUAGAAGCGAUAUGUCUGUCUUUCUCUCCAUACGACACGCGUCAAAUUUUCACAGUUUGUUAACAAGAUGUAUUCGCACUGCUUGUUCCCAGUUGUUGGCAAGUCUGAAACAAGUUGUUAUCAUCUUGUAACAACGUUAAUGAGGCCAGCAGAGUGAGCAGACUCGAAACAAGUUGUUCCAACAAGUCUUCACCUAACAAGGCGUUAACAAGUUGAUGUUGUUACGAACAAGUUCUAGCAAGUUUGCUACCGUCAUCAACCUUGUACCACGAUGAGGAAAACUUGCUCCAGACUUGUCACAACAAUUGCGAAACAAGCAUGCAGUGCGAACACAUCCAGAUGUCGCUUGACAACAACCUUGUUACAACUUGAUUGCAGAUCUGUACCAAUUUGCACGUUUUUCCGUGUGCAACUCUGGGCCCUUUGUUGGAAAUGUUCUGCUCGUAAUGUUUCAACUGGUGAAAACCAAGAUUUGAGGAAUGCUUACAACAUAGCUAGUCUACAAACUCGUCAGUCAACCAGAUGGAAAAAAAACUGUGCAUAAACCCACCAAGUACCAGCUGGUACGUCAGGCCUUCACAGCGUGUACGUGUGUUGAUAUAUUUCCUAUAUGUAUAUUUAGAUCCCAUUGAUGAGGUCGUAGCUCUUGCAAGGCGUCUCAGACAAGAUGAUAACUUGCGUAUUAUCAGUCUCGUUGAAGAGCAUCAGGCUUCUGCAGCAUCAGCAAUUCUCCGCACUGCUUGUCAACGUGGCUCCUGGGUUGUCAUUAAGAACUGCCAUCUUACAACGCAGUGGCCUGCAGACGUACUCGAUAUUUUUCAUGUAAGUAGCAACAGGGACUUUACCGUCACUACAAGUAUGAAACAUGGGUGCAAAAUUCUUAAUUACUAUCUGGGACCGCAGGGGAAUUUGAAUUUUUUUCUGUGAGGAAUCGUCAGUUCAUAACUGUAUUCCAGUAGAGUAAGCAACAUAUUUUGUAAAAGCAAAAUUGGGUCCAAGUUUACUGUUUUAAGAUAGCUUGCAUUCCAGUGGCAAACGGAAUGGUUAAGGUUAAUGUUUGAUCAACGUAUUAAUUAGGUUCAGUGGUUUCACUGUUGAGCCACCUGAUCAAGGGGCCGCAGCUGCUGACUGCAGUCUAUUCGAUUUGAUGUUGUUAUUUUUCUAUUAGAGCGCUUAACUGAUUCACAAAGCUGACUGGAAGCAUAGCUGGAAGUAACUCGAGCCGUUAUAGAUGGCCACAAUCUGCAUCAACUGCUUUUCUUGAUUUCAAGAAACUGAUUUUCUGCUAACGCCACUAUUCCUGUUCAUCAGUUUAUGGCGAAAUUUGAAAUGUGUACUAACCAGUAUACUAUUUUCUGUGAUCAAUAAUAAUUCAUGAAGAAAACACAAAAUAAAUCAUGACCGUGAAGGAGUUUGUAUAUCUGAUGCAAAUUCAUUUACAUAAACUUUAAGUUCAAUUUUCUCAUUAAAUGUCAUUCAUUUAUUUUAAACUGUUGAAGAAUACGAAUGUUCUCAUCAAGACGUUUCUCGCCUUCGGCUCGAUUUUGCAUAUCCGUUACAACACGGCCCCUCAUUUUGUAAACAGUUCAUGCGAUUAUAGCCUACUAAUCUGAAUUCGUCUGAACACUAUAAAGCCUUUCCCCAUUAACGUAAUUGUUCUUUCGUUUCAGCAAAUAACCUUAAAUGGCAGCAAAGAGCACAUCACCAGCAAACAUGGUUUAUUCGAACCAGAUACCACUCCUUACACUGUGACGUCGUGCGUUUAUGAGGAGUCACUUGUCAUGAAUCCACAAUUCCGUCUUUGGUUCGUCACAGUCCCUGAGAUUGGGACUCCACUUCCUGCGGUUAUUGUACGUUGUGGUAUCAAAUUUGCUUGGGAUGAUAAACUAAAGUAUGAGGCUAAUGUUCGUCAAUCAUUUCUCACUUUGUGGAACAAACAUGCGCAUUCAGACAAGAGCUUUAAACAGCUUCAAUCAAAUGAUGUUCGGGUAAGCUAUUUAAACUGCCUGGCCCCCUGUUGAAAAAACCAAGAGUGCCAUCUUAUAUAAAAGAUUAAAUGGCCAUUAUAAUUCAUGAAGAAAAUUCAGAAGAAAUUAAUGUUUAAUCAAUAUAAUUAUGAUAAAGAUUUCGUCCUGAUUUACAUAAACUUUACCUUAAAAUUUUUCAACUAAAGCGCUGCAAAUUGCCGAAAUAGUUAAUAAACAUGAUUACUUGGAUGUAUUUCUAUUUUAAUAUAAAGUAUUUGCAUUUGUGAAUAUGAUACACAUCGGUUGCUCAAACUUUAUAAAUUAUAUUACAUAAAACAUUUUAGCGUAACAUAAUUUAUUAUAUUCACGUUUUCAACAAGUCAAUAACUGUCCCAAAAAUCCCGAUCGAUCUGUGUCAUUAAUUUGCUAGAUUUGAAGGAACUUAGGGAACAACAUUAGGUCAGUUAGGCAAAAAAGGUUUUCCAUGUUAUUGCACAAGUUUAUACAAGAAAAGAAGAAGAUUGGUAGAACUCAAGGGUAGUUUAAUGUUUUCGUCAGCUCAUUUAUUUUGACAAUCUCCUCUCAACCUUCUUCCAAGUUUGUGUAGUACGUUUUUAAAUUGAUCGAAAACGUCUUUUAUUUCUUCUAGCCAUUAAACUUUCCAUAGAUGUGCUUUUUUCCCUCGUGAUUACUAAUACCCAAAACAAUAUCUGCAAACAAAAUCUAUUAUUAUAGCUUAUUCCCUUGUUCAUGAUUAGCGAAUCAUGUGUAAUUUUAUAAUUUAUUUCAAUAUUGUUCUUUUCAGGCUGAACCACUUUCAAAGUAUUUGGCACCUUUGGCGAUAUUUCACUCAAUUUUACACGAACGAUGUAAAUAUGGGUCACGUGGGUUUAAUGUGCCAUACCAUUGGUGAGUUUAAACUUUUAGAGCGUUGGUGCAGUAGUUGACUAAUGCGUAUAUAGCUCUCGUUUCUGCAACAAUGUAUGAUUCCUGGGAUACGCAGUUACUGUAUCAGAAAUGUUCAUCCUAUAGGUGGGUUUCACCACGUUUAAUAGAACUUCACUGAAGUCUUAUUCAUGGGGAAACGCUUGGUGGUCAACUUUACACAUAUUGCCGCUUUAUGCCUUGUGUAAGCAAGUAAAUUUCGUUAAAUUGUAUAUAUUAUACCAAACACAAGAUCAAUAAUUAUAAUGAAUAUUUCACUCGUUUCCAUUUGGAGUUGACCACCAAGCGCUAAACGUAUCACGUGACUGAAACCCAAAUAUAGGCUACAGGCGCAUGAGGAAAGUAUUUUUAUAGUUUGACUCAGAAUAUCUUUUAAUGUCGUUGUCUUGAACCCAGGGUAAUGAAUACUAGAAACUAGGCUACAAUACGUGGCCAAUUGUUGUCGAACGACAUGCAGGUGCAAUUUCAGAGGUCUUAUUUUCUAAUUUAAAAAUCCGCCCUCUCCUCCUCCCCCCCCCCCCCCUUGUAUUGUUUACUAUUUUAUUUGAUCUGGACAUGACACAAUGAUGACUUAUUCACAGCCACGUCAACAUUGAAACGGGGGGGGGGGCUGCCUGACCACGAUUGUAGGUUAACAUUCAUUAGUACUAGUUUGAGAACUGGAAAGGAAGAUGCAGUCACGCGUUGCACCUUGCUACUGAAUUAAGCCCGCACUGGAGGCAGGGAUGGAUUUAAUAGAAGGUGUACCCCCAUUUUAAGGAUCGCAUCCCUCCCAGCCUUGCCAAAGGGGGGAGGGGUGUAAGUGAAGUGCCAAUUUCCUUAUCAAAUCCAGUUUCUGAUUUGGAACGGCAAUAUCCUCCCAUCCUUACCACCAGCUAGACCUCUGGAGCCUGCCAGGGCCAGUGUUUCACUGGUUCCCCCUAUUCCCAAUUCCCAAAAUAAAAAGCACCACCCAUCUCGACAAACACCACCUUUGAAGGUGAAGAGUGGAGUGUUUACUCACGUUGGUUCUCUCCUGUUGUCUAAGGGUUCUCUGAUUCCUCCAGUUUUCCCCAUCACAAAAACAAACCCUGAGGUGUCGAACACUUGUAUUGCGUGCAAAGCUGAAUUCGCAACAGCAACUCUGUGUAGCUCACAUGAUUGUUAUUAUUCAAUUAAGUUACAGAAUAUAUAUCGUACAUUGAUUUCGAGACAUGUUUUGUGCAUAAUACUCUUAAUUGUGCAUAGUACUGUAGAUACUUUACAUAGUGUAUAGUAGUUAUUCAGUAUUCUGAACUUUAUAUCUUUUUCAUUACAGGAGUGACCGCGAUCUUCUGUGGGGAUAUCAAGCGGCAUGUUUGUUACAUUCCAGCGUGUUCUGUGCGUGUACGAAAACAACAUGUCCGUCGUCAGCUUUGAUGCAAAACAUCAGUGUGUUAUAUGGCGGUCAGGUUCUCAAUAUGUUUGACUGGGAGACCAUUGUGGCUUUGGCUGAAACGCAUUUUGCACUACCAAAGAGUGAAGUACGUUGAACAGUAGAAUACACAUUUAAAACACGGUCCGAUGGGUCCAAACCUGUUGAAGUCGAAGGCUUUUCCAAAGCCCCGUUAAUCGAGUCCAACAUCACUGUUGGUUCAACAAAGUUAGAAAAUGUUCGAUGAAAAUUUAAACAUAGUCAAAACCGAUCCAACACCAUCCAACAUUGCCCAUGGGACACAGUGUUCAAACGAGGCCAACAAUGUGGCUUCCACUAGUUGCAUCCAACAAUGUUAGAUUAACUUUUUGAUUUAGUUUGAGUGGGGUUUAACCUUGUGACUCACGUCUGAUCACGGAGCACAGCUUCGGUGGAAGGGUCAGUUACAGGCUACUCCCAAACUACCUUGUCAAAAUUCCCUGUGGGAGGAAACCAAAGUAUCCUGAGAGAACCCACGACUUUCUGCAGAGCAUUGACAUGCAUGAAUUGACACUCCUUUCAAAUGAAUGUCUUUAGUCCAGAACGAAAAUCGAACCUACGAUCUCAGAGGUGAAAGGCGCUUCCUCAGACGAUUGCGCCACCGAAGCCCCAUCACACUUACAGCGAUCAUUUAUUGCGUUUCAGGUGAUGAAGCCCAACCAGGUUGAUAUUUUAUUGAGUUCAUCGCCAAUUUCUGUUAAUAUGAACGACCUUGGUCUCAAUGAAUGUGUAAAAUCGGAGCGUGGUGUUCAUGCUAGCAAGUAAGAACUUCUUACCUUUUUAUGCAUGAUUUAAAAUCGCCUGACAAUUAGCAGCAAUAAUACUCGGUUACGUCCUUCUAACAAAAUGAUUGUGCUGCACUUCUUUUCUUUAUAUUUUGCAAAUAUGAUUUUCCAAUGACUUAUGCUAGAUUAUUUUCCUCUCGCAAACGGCCGAUGAGUUUAUUGUUGCAUGCCAUAUAUGGCAUGCAACUUUCAUAUAGCUCUAAAUUUCGUGUCGCGGUGCAUGAGCGGCGGUGAGCGCACAGGCGGCCCAAUCUCAGAAUGAAUGAUCAGGUGUUGCGGGUUUUUAACGGUUUUUAUAAACAAAUUUAUAGUCAACCAAAACUAUUUAAAAAACAUUCUUAAAUUAGUCAAAUAAAUACAUUUUAACAAUAAAAUAUAGUUGACAUGAUAGUAUAAUACCUUUGCAUUCUUUUAAUUACUCCAUGAGCUCAUUUAGAGCGGUUGAUGUAAUAUUUUCUGUGGCCUACAUUGUGUGUGUUUAUCUAUAUAUAAUAUAACAGUUAAAGGCUAAUCACUGGCGGCACAACCGCAUCGCCUUCAAAGUCAAAUAUCUCCGCUCAAACUUCUCUUACGCCAAAACAAAUUCGAUUACAUCUUUUCACAAAGAUUUCUCUUUCUAAAUAAUAUGGUUUGAUCGUAGCUUGGGCAAAUUUAGCGACGAACGGAACCAAAAUCUCUUCAAUUUCGGAUACUGUUCAAAAUACUUAGCCUUAGGGCUUAGUUUGUCGCUUUAUGCUGUCCCACCCCACGUAAGGCGGUAAGGCGUUAUUGUCAGUAUGUAUUGAUUACGUCACGUCCACGAUCGUGCCCGAGCAGCCCUAAGUAUUUUGAACAGUAUCCGAAAUUGAGGAGAUUUUGGUUUCGUUUGUCGCUAAAUUUGCCCAAGCUACGAUCAAACCAUAUUAUUUCGAAAGAGAAAUCUUUGUGAAAAGAUGUAAUCGAAUUUGUUUUGGCGUACGAGAAGUUUGAGCGGAGAUAUUUGACUUUGAAGGCGAUGCGGUCGUGCAGCCAGUGAUUAGCCUUUUACUGUUAUAUCAUAUAUAGAUGAGCACACACAAUGUAGGCCACAGAAAAUGUUACAUCAACCGCUCUAAAUGAGCUCAUGGAUUAAUUAAAAGAAUGCAAAGGUAUUAUACUAUCAUGUCAACUAUAUUUUAUUGUUAAAAUGCAUUUAUUUGACCAAUUUGAGAAUGUUUUUAGAAUAGUUUUGGUUGACUAUUUAAAAUUUGUUUAUAAAAACCGUUAAAAACCCGCAACACCUGAUCAUUCAUUCUGAGAUUGGGCCGCUUGUGGUGAGCGGUGAUGAGCGUACCAGUCACGUGGCAGAUUCGUUAAAAGACGACUAAUACCGAGUUUUUCCGACGAGCAUUUUUGUGCUGGGUUUUCGUCGAGGAAACGCAAAGAAAUAUUGAUUAUUUGCCGAAAAUUCACAUAAUUGAGCGCCUUAGAAAAAUAAAUCGAGGUAGGUAAAGCUUUACUAUUUUUAACUUACCUUAUAUUCUGUUAUUUGUUGUGAUUUUGGAGCCGUUGUGCUCGCACUGAUUAUUUAUCAAUUAUCAGGCGUUUAUAUUUAUAUAUCGUGAAAGCCUCAAAGCCCACGCUAUCAAAACACUCGAUUUUUAUAUACUCAAACUGAAACGGAGCCAUUGUGCUCGCACUGAUUAUAUUCUGUGCGAAGCUUCAAAACUACAGCACAUUUUGUGUAAUUUUAAAUAUAAAUAUCAAGCAAAAUUUGAAUUAUAAAUAGUAUUGAAAUUUAAAACAACGAAAUAGCAACCAUUGUGAAGUACGCAUAAGGUUCAACAUGACAUUCAGCAUGACAUUCGAUAUAGUGUAAAUGAACUCAUUUCAAUCACUCAAACAAAAACAUACAGGUCAUAUUAGCUGACUAGUACCUUUAUGCUUUUUCUACUUCGACAAUUUCAAUCAUAGUUUAAUUAAUAACCAUUUUCAAUCUAUUAUAGUAAUUCACCGUUUCCACUGUUUUUUAUACCUUUAAAAAGUUACAAUAAAGCUAAAUCUAUAGGAAAUAACGUUAUUUAGUUAUAAAUUUGUUAAGGAAAUCUAGCAGUCAAUCGCUUUCGAUAAAACCUUGACCGACCUUGACCUUGUUAUUACCGUCGCUUGCAACUAACGAUGAACGGUCGCUCAUAAAAACAUCUCCUAUCGUGUGAGAAUCUUAAAGGUGAUCUACAGUCCGUAUGUAAACAAAGCCUUUGUUUAGGGGCCAUUCACAAAGGAUGUCCGGCCAAAUGAUGGAUUUUCAGACCCCCCCCUCCCCCCCUUGUCCGGCAUUGUCCGAAUUAGUGACCCCCCCUCCCCCGGACAUCCGCCAUGCCUCGCAAAAACUCACGCAAUCUUGUAUAUAUCAAGAGUAAAAAACUUUUACUUUUAGAACUUUUUUAUAACUGUAAAUGUGAACACAAAAACAUAUAAAUUACUAAUUAAAACAAAAUCUAGUGUUAACCGCAUAGUCAAAAUGCCAAUUUCACAAUGGGAAGGACUGCUGAAAAUAGAGGGAAAAAAGAAAUUUGUUUUUGAAUUUUUUUAAAUUUCGGACAUCCGGAUUGCUAAAACCCCCUCCCCCCCUGUCCGAGUUUGUCCUGAUUUUCCAAACCCCCCUCCCCCCCCCCCCUCGGCUCGGACAUCCUUUGUGAAUGGCCCCUUACAUUUUUGUGUCCAAAAUAUUGAGCUUUAUUCGACAACUAUUUAUAUUUUCAAGCUUCUAGAGUAUAAUAAAUGAUCAAGAAACAACAGUCAGGCUUUUCAAGAACUCAAAACAUAGUUAAACUGUUUCUAUCAUAAAAAGUGGGCUCAUUUGUGCACAUGCGCAGAUCGGACUGUAGAUCUCCUUUAAGUUUCUUAUUUUGACAUAAAAGCUAUUUUUCAAUAAAUAACAUAACAUAACAGCUAUUUUUCAAUGUUAUUACAGUCAAUUUCAGCUGACUUUUCAUCGUAAGAUUCCGAACUUCGUUCCGAACUUCGCAAAUUCGUUGCGAAGUUCAAAAAUUCAUAAUGAAAUUCACAAACAGGUUUGUAAACAAAGCCUCUGAUUGGCUAUUAAAUCAAACCAGCCAAUGAAAUGCCCAGUUUACAAACCUGUUUGUGAAUUUCAUUAUGAACUUUUGAACUUGGCAACGAAUUUGCGAAGUUCGGAACGAAGUUCGGAAUCUUACGAUGAAAAGUCAGCUGAAAUUGACUGUAAACUUGUUGAUUCAAUAUUUUAAAGGUGAUCUACAGUCCGAUCUGCGCAUGUGCACAAAUGAGCCCACUUUUUACGAUACAAACAGUUUAACUAUGUUUUGAGUUCUUGAAAAGCCUGAUUGUUGUUUCUUGAUCAUUUAUUAUGCUCUAGAAGCUUGAAAAUAUAAAUAGUUGUCGAAUAAAGCUCAAUAUUUUGGACACAAAAAUGUAAACAAAGGCUUUGUUUACAUACGGACUGUAGAUCACCUUUAAGAUUCACGCCAGUUGUACCAAAGGUUAUAAGCGCUAUAUCUCAUCAUAAGUUUCAGAAGGCAUGCAACAUGUACGCACUGCGUACCUAUUUUUAAUCAUUAAUACAGCAGUGGCACUUGGUUUAAGGAAAUAUCCACACUCGGACAAUUAGUGGUGGGAGAAAAACAACAAAAUAUAAUAACUCCGCAUAUACCCAUAUAAUAAAGGGUGGGUUGGAGGGAAUUUUAAAUUUUCGCUUUUUUCUAGAUCUGAUCCCUAGACUUUGCGUGUCAAACACCCAACGACCAUAUGUUGCACGAGCAAUGCAUGUAACGCACACCUCAACAGCGGCACCCAAUUCCAGAUCACGCGUGGUUCACUAGCUAUUAACUUUGGUUGAUAUAUAACCUCAUAUAAACGUUCUCGUUUAGAAAGGAACACUUUUUUGGAAAAGAACACUUUCUCUCUUUUGUUAUUAAAGACCUUUUCAUUAUAGAGUUAUUUUGUCAUUAAAGACCCUUAAUGACAAAAUACGCAAAGGCACGGCAGUAGAUGUCCUUCCCACGUUCUUUUAUCACUGGACUUGGAAUACUGAAACUACUUCUCUUCUUUUAGGCAACUUACGGCAAACUUUUCGGUUGCAUUUGGAAGCACAUUGAAUUCAACAUUUUGCUUCAAGCCUGUUCCUUAUUUUAAAGAACUGUUGUCUGUUUUUAAUGACAUCAAAUCUGGUGUACGUGCCGAACAAGACAUAUCUACAACAAACCAAACGGAUGAAUCUUCUUUCCAGAUGUUUCUGAAGAAAGAAAUGCAAAACUAUGUAAUAUUACUUGAUUCGAUCAUAUCACAACUAGAAGAAGUUGUGUUAGGACUUGAAGGUAGCAUUAGUUUUACAUCAAGCAUGCACGAAGUGGCGAAAGCUGUAUCUAAAGAUCUAGUACCAAAUUCGUGGUCUCGGUAUACAAGCGUCUCUCCAAUCUUGGCAAAAUGGGUAUGUUCUCUGAAGCAGAAAAUUGGUGCAAUCGGUCAGUACAGACGGUGUGAAGUUAAUAAACCGUUGACACUUGAUAUCGGUGCGUUUCUGAAUAAAAAUUCGUUGUUCCAUGCCUUAAUGUCAGACUGGUCAAGAACAAGUGGAAUACUUCUACAUAAGAUAGAAAUCACGUCGGAGGUUUGUUUUAUCUUUAAUUUUAUCUUUAACCACUAAAUUAUGUCUGAGGUUGCUUAAUUAAGGGAAAUAGGUUAAUAAUCUCUUCGGGAAGUUGGGUAAUAAUGUGUUAAUUGGUUAAUUAUCACUUAUUUACUGAGACCGAGGGAAACAGUGUGUUUUGUGGACCCGAGACCGUCGAUGUUUCCCGAGGCAAAGCCGAGGGAAACAUCGACGGUCGAGGGUCCACAAAACACACUGCUUUCCCGAGGUCUCAGUAAAUAAGUGUUUUAUUAUAUAUCAAUAGUCAAAGAAACAACAAAUUAAAGAACAAAUGAACGUAAAUACAUGAAAUAUUUUAUUGUUAAAACGUUAUAUUAAACACUGACUACACUGCAGUUACUUAAAGUGAAAGUUUUAAUUACGUGUCAAAAUGUCCAAAGGUCGUGCCAUGUCCAAAGGUCGCAUCUUCACGUGAUGGCGCACGUGAUUUUUUUGUUAUUCGCCGGUCGAUAACGUAUUAUCUCCCUCUCGCGCUGUUGCGAGGGAGACAGCCUAAUUUCGUCACUCUCGCGUGAUAUGCUCUCAACGAAUAAAACACUAGAAAAAUGCGACUUUGACUAUUGAUAUAUAAUAAUUGUUAAUAUUUAUUUAUUUACAACAUUUGCCAGCAUGUUUUCACGCAGUGUGAAAAAUCAGUUAUAUAUUUCUUUCGGAGAGAAUCGUAUUCAAAGUUCUUGAGUUUUUAAACCAGCCAUAAAAGAAACCAGUUGUGAUGUAAUCAGAGUGGUUCAUAUUUGACGUCCAUUACCACUAGCACUACCUUUCACAGGCUGAAUCUGAUCGCUGAAUAGACAAUUCCAGCUUUUAGUUUAUGCGUGCAGGGGAUGAUGGGAAGUAAGGUAUCACAUUGCUGAUUAUGCUGAAAAAAUAAAAAUGGUGGCCGUGUAAACACGGAGUGAUAGCUUAUACUUGUAAAUAUUGAAAUAUUUCGGUUGUUUCGGUAGUUUUAUAUUAAGAUUUUUCAGCAUAAUCAGCACUAUGAUAUCUUACUUCCCAUCAUUCCCUGCAGGCAUAAACUAAAAGCUGGAAUUGCCUAUUGUAACGAUGACCGUAGUCACAUAUUAAGUAGGUACCAGAUGUGUAACUUCAGUAAAAAAGUUGUCCCACGUUCGCCAUCUUCCUAGCAAGUGUCGUUUGGGUGAUAAUUCGUCAUUUGGUAAGACAUCUUGCUUUUCAAAAAUGCUUUCAACAACUUUAAUUGCUUUCAACAACUUUAAACAUUCAACCACAAAUCCAAUAGAGUGCAAAAGUUCUUGUUUUUCAGGACGCCAUUUUGCUAGCGAUUGUCGUGGGGUGUACAUCUAGGAAAAUUUGAGGGCACGAAGUCUUAUUAAGUUACUCAUCUGGUCAUACUUAAUCUGUGCCGUAGUAGAGGUCAAAAUAUCAACCUCUCUGUUGUCUAAAAGAUGUAUUAGGAAGUAGCCGAUUAUUACCAUUUGCAUUAAAGCGUUACCCCACGCCGCGAUAAAUUCUUCUGGCACUUUUGCGGUUUAGUAUGUUUUUUCAAUGUAUGAUUAAAAUGUACAUACUGUUCAAAAAUAUAUUUAAUUGGUCAAACGAUGGCAAAAACAAUUUAUCCUUGUAACAUUAUUUUUUCGUUUCUUAUUGGCUUGACUCAACACAAAAGAGAAAAUGACUGUUGCAAAACGUAAAGUUACGCCCCAAGUCAUCACUAUUUUGAUAUGCGAAACUUGUACAAUCACGUUGAUAGCAAAACUCAGUGACAACUUUUUAUCGCGGCGUGAGGUAACGCUUGAAUGCAAACGGUAUUAUCAGCCUUUAGAGAAGGGUAGCUAACACCAUGAUAUUUUUCUGGUUUGUUCCAACAGUUGACACAAGAUCAUUCCACAAUGAGCACACCUGUAACGGAUGGCGUGCAAAUGAGAGGAUUUGUCCUUUACAAUGCAUCAUGGAACGAAACCAAAGGCAGUCUCGAGGAAGUCAAAACCUCUGGAAACCAAAGAAUACCAAGCCUCUUAUUAAGACCAUGUGAAAGAGGUGAAACUUUCUCUGCUAAAACGACCAGCAAGAACCAACCAUGCAAAUUUGAUUGCCCAGUGUACUUCUACGAUAAUCUACCUGGUAAAUUUGAGCCAAUCAUUCCUCUAUCAUACGUCACGCUCUCGUCCAGUUUGCCUACUCAUGUUUCCCGACAACGUCAAGUCUUUUUAACUGUUUCGAAUAUUUGAAACGUUCCUUGUUCUAUUCUAAGUUGUAUUUUUUUUAAAUAGAUUGUACAAACCAAAAUAUUAAUAUAUUGUUGUGUACAUAGAUGUAUUUAUUAUUUGAUGAUACGAAGUUUGUAAAGGUAUGAUUUUUGUUGUAAUUUUUAGCAAAAAACUUUAAUACAUAUGUUUUGG